AUGACUAUGAUGUCCAUUAAUGGAAUUACUCCAUAUUCUCAUAGUCUUGGUAGAUUUACCUCCGCCAGAUCAGAUCCAAUCUACGGUGGAAGUUAUUUCUGUUUACUUGAUGAGGAUAAAACAUCCUUAGAACAACGGAAUAAACGGAAUAGGGUGAAAAGUUCUCCACUGCUCAGAUAUGGUAGUCGUGUUAUGCAUCAGACAUCUGAAGAUUCUAUAUACAAUCCAAUAAAUCGUACGAAUGGUUGUGGAGAUGACGACGCUGACGUGACGAGAUACAAGAAUGGCAUAACUGGUGACAAGUGGAUAUCUACAAACAGAUUAACUUAUGGUUAUCAUACAAAUUAUAAAAGGAAUAUAGAGUUAGACAAUGUUAAUAAGCAUUGUAAUAAGGAGAUACUUCGUUGGCCCGAUUUGCAUUUAAAACAUAACCAUCCCGAAAGAAAUGAAUUUAUCAGCCUUAAAAAUGCGAAAUCCACAUAUCGUACUGACUAUCAGGAUCAGAUAGAAAACCGAAUACAAUUUAAAACAAAUGCUAUACUACGUCAAUUCGGUCGACAUCGUAUGCUAACUGGAGUUGGACCAGAGAAUUUAUUCAACUUGAAUAUAACUGAACUACCGAUAGUCUGUGAGAAACCGUCUAUUCAAUUAUUUUCACCAGAUGUAUAUAAAAAGGCUCAUUUAAACAAACCUUAUAAUGAUUCAAUUUUCAAUAGUUUACAAUUUAAAAUGCUUCCAAAUCGACAUAGAAUUUCCGGUGAUUUCAUUUUAACGAAAAAUAGAUUAUAA